AUGGACUUUUAUGGCACGGCAGUAACUGCCAUCACUCAAGUGUACCAGGUCACUGUCUUCAUCCAGGGCGUCAUCUCCGACGUCAAGGCAUUCGACGAUGACCGGGCCGAGAUCCGGCUCAAGCUGAAUAUCCAGCUAUCGACUCUUCUCUUUUUCAAACGUACAUUUUUUCAUCCGGAACAUGGGUUGAUGAUCCCAGGGAAGGUGGAUACUUUCAUCGCCGAAACGGUUGAAGGGCUACUAGUGCAGAUGAGAAAGACGCUGGCUGAGUAUGAGAUUAUGGCUGCCAAGUACGGUCUUGUGGACGAGGAGUACACCAUUGAACCGGAAAGGCCUAAAGUGCAAGAGACGCUGCUCGAGCGGGCAAAGACCAAAGCCAAAUCGCUAAAGCUCAAGGGGUACGACUGGUCGCUCUUCGACAAGAAGAAGCUGAAUCGCAUUCUGGAAGCAUAUACCAAGUGGUCAGAGGACCUGCGCAACCUCAUGCUGCACAUGUCGCAAGAAACCUUGGCUAUUCUGGUCGAAGGCGAUCAUAAAGGACUGAAAAGUAGCGGCCUGGAACCGGUGAUGAAGAGACGUAUGCUGGCGGAGACCAAAGCGCCAGCAAACUAUCGCAGUUUGACCGGAACUGUCACUGAAGAAGGAAAGUCAACAGGAGGAUUCAAACUAGGGAAAUGGUCUCUUUCAGAAUCGGAAGAGACGCAAGUAAUUGUCGAGUACCACGAAUACGAGAGGAUGCUCAAACAAGACAAUCUGGAGCCAGAUGAGAUUGAAGAGCUGAAGAAACCUAUCCGAAAUCUUGCCUGGUUGCUCCAAAACACGACUUUCUCCAGCAAAUCAUCCGAGUUCCUUGACCAGCCAAAGAUUUAUGCGCUGGAGUGUCUGGGCUUCAUUGAUCAACCCGUCGAAGAGCGAACUGUUUUCCUUUACAAACUUCCAUCCGAACCAACAGCCCCAGCGUCACUAACGACACUCCAUGACUUUAUCAAUGCAGUCGACAGCACAAACGACCGCCCACUGAAGAAGCCUUCCCUAAACGACCGGUUCAGCAUGGCACACAGUCUCGCCCUAACGAUCUUAAAUGUCCACGCCUCAGCCUGGGUCCACAAGAACAUCUGGAGCAGAGGCAUCCUCCUAUUCCUAGAGACCCCCACUGGAGUCAGUACCUCGGGGCUUUACGAGCAUCGUCUUUCUGCACCAACCACCGGAAAGAAGAUCGUCUCAUACCUCAGCGACUGGGGCUAUGCGCGCUCCGUCCAACAAGGAACAGACAUGCGCCCCGACUUUGAGGUCGAGCCUAAUCUCUACCGCCAUCCAAGGCGACAGGGCCGUCCUACACAGCAGUUUAGUCAUCUGCAUGAUAUCUAUGCUUUGGGUGUAGUACUGCUUGAGAUUGGGUUGUGGGUUACGCUGUCACGGUUGAUGGUGACCAAGAUUCGAGAUGCGGUGUCUAAUGGGCGACUGCCUAGGCCGACGAAGGUUGUUGAGGAUCUGAUGAUGCUAGCGACACAGGGACUACCGAAGGAGAUGGGGAUUGGAUAUACGCGGGCUGUUCUUGCUUGUUUGAAGUGUGACUUUAGAGGGACUGAAGGGCCGGCUUUGGCGAUGGACUUUCAGGAGAAGGUGGUUGAUGUCUUAAGGAGUGGUAUAGAGUUGUGA